GCUGGAGGAGUGGCUAGGUGAAGGGGGAUAGACGGACUGACUGACGCGGUCAAGCUAACAGCGCAGCUAAAUGCGACUUGGAAGGCGAGGUCUCCCCGAAUUAGUGCAUGCAUUUUCUAUCGAUCCGCUAGCGCUUCCAUUCAUCUCUGACAAGUCCCUCCGCGCACCCGCCCUCCUGCUCCCCACGCCUCCUGGCUCACCCCCUACCCCUCCUCAUCUGGCUGCAGAGAAAAGCCCCAAGCUCAGCGCCCCUCGCCCCCAGUGGGCUCCCCAUUUCGAGGAGGAGCCCCCAGUCCACCAGCCACUGAACUCCCCACGCGGACGCCGGGCGCACGGGCUCCCUCUCUCCCCAGGGAGGAGAUGGAGCCCUUUGGAAGGCACCGAAUGCCAGGCAGAGGUGAGGCAGGACAGGAGGGGCUACAUCGGGAACCCCAACUUCGAGGGCGGGCAUGCGGGGAUCGUGCUCUGCCCUGCGACCCAGCAAGCAGGCCCUCGGUCGCAACCUGCUCGCCCUCGCUUUCUCCUGCGCUCUGUGCCUCUCCGAUCUCCGGGAGACCGCGGCGAGGAGGGGUCGCCCUGCAGGAGCCCUAUGUAAAUCCUGGUGUCGGCUGGGUGGGGAGGGGGAAGCGAAGAAGGGAAAUAAACCUCUUUGGCUGGAGUAGGGUCUGGGUGAGCAGAUUUCCUUAUCCGGGAAUCGCAGGCGGGGUGGCCAUUGGCUCGGAGGAUCACGUGGGGCCCUAACUUUGUUCACUUGACAGUAAGUAGGAGGGCUUUCGGAAACAGGAAAACGAGUCAGGGGUCGGAAUAAAUUUUAGUAUAUUUUGUGGGCAAUUCCCAGAAAUUAAUGGCUAUGAGUUCUUUUUUGAUCAACUCAAACUAUGUCGACCCCAAGUUCCCUCCGUGCGAGGAAUAUUCACAGGGCGAUUACCUACCCAGCGACCACUCGCCCGGGUACUACGCCGGCGGCCAGAGGCGAGAGAGCAGCUUCCAGCCGGAGGCGGGCUUCGGGCGGCGCGCGGCGUGCACCGUGCAGCGCUACGCGGCCUGCCGGGCCCCUGGGCCGCCGCCGCCGCCGCCGCCGCCGCCCCCUCCCGGACUGUCCCCUCGGGCUCCCGCGCCGCCACCCACCGGGGCCCUCCUCCCGGAGCCCGGCCAGCGCCGCGAGGCGGUCAGCAGCAGCCCCCCGCCGCCUCCCUGCGCCCAGAACCCCCUGCACCCCAGCCCGUCCCACUCCGCGUGCAAAGAGCCCGUCGUCUACCCCUGGAUGCGCAAAGUUCACGUGAGCACGGUAAACCCCAAUUACGCCGGCGGGGAGCCCAAGCGCUCUCGGACCGCCUACACCCGCCAGCAGGUCCUGGAGCUGGAGAAGGAAUUUCACUACAACCGCUACCUGACGAGACGCCGGAGGGUGGAAAUCGCCCACGCGCUCUGCUUGUCCGAGCGCCAGAUCAAGAUCUGGUUCCAGAACCGGCGCAUGAAGUGGAAAAAAGACCACAAGUUGCCCAACACCAAGAUCCGCUCGGGCGGCACCGCCGGCGGCGCAGCCGGAGGGCCCCCUGGCCGGCCCAACGGAGGCCCCCCCGCGCUCUAGUGCGCCCCCCAAGCUGCAGCGACGGACCUGGGGGCGGGGGCGCGCCGCCAGCGCGGAUGGGGGCGCAGGGGGUGCGGAGCGGCCGGCCUGGGCCCCCACAGCCUACCUGACCUCCCCCCACUUCGUCUAUGUAUGAAUAAACGCGGAGGAGGAGGGGUAGGGGAGCUUUAUUUAUAGAAAUGACAAUAGGGGGCCGGGCGAGGCCCCCCCCCAGAAGCAAGAUCCAAUCUCUUGCUUUCUUCCUUUAAAAAAAGAAAAGAAAAAAGGAAGAAGGAAGAAAGAGAAAGAGAAGUAGGAGGAGGCUGCAGCUCUUCGUUUGCAGCUUUGGCGAAGAUGGAUCCACGUUUCAUCUUUAAUCACGCCAGGCCCGGCCCAUCUGUCUUGUUUACUCCACCGAGGAGAGAGGAGAGGACGGCCUCGCCUCGGCCUCGGUGGCGACCGUUACCUCGACACUCAGCUAACAAAUGAGGCCGGCCAGGCCGCCCCUCUGCUGCUGCCGCUGCCGCUGGAAGACAGCCUGGAUGUUCUUUCUUUGUCCCCCUCCUGACUCCCAGCGAAACCACCCCGUGACUGCCAGAUAGCCCAGUGUUGUGGCCACGGUAACAAACAAACACACACGACCUCGCUCCUCCUGCGUGCCUGUUCACAGGGGACAAUUGACUGCUCGCCCCCUGCUCCCACUCUGGGGUGGAUGAGGGCCAGGAGGAUGGGGACACGUGGGGAAGGGGCGGCCUUGACAACGCAGGGGCAGGCAGGGAAACUGAGUCCAAGCAUAAAAAGAUUCACCCAGACGACCAAGUGCGGAGCCAUGCUUGGCAGGGCUGGGGUCUGGGCUCUACCCUCUGGCCAAUCCAGAGUUGUAAGGCAGAGGCCUCUCUCUUAAACUGAAAAUGAAUGUGAAACUAGGAAAUAAAAUGUGGCACUCCCGCUCAGGGAGGCCGACUUGUGAGUCCUCUCCCUUAGCUUAUCCUUGUGCAUUGUUUAUUAUUAUUAUUAAUAUUAUUAUUACGAUUAUUUUUUGUCAUGUGCGUCCUCUCUCCUGUCCUCUCUCUGACAUUCCAAACCAGGCGCCUUCCUACCCCUCUGGGGCCGCCUGGAGUCUAGAACCUUUCCUUGGCGUGAACAUUUGUGUCCUGUACAGAGUGACAAUAGAAAUAAAUGUUUGGUUUCUUGUGACCGCCA